AUGGCCAGCUGGGGUGGGGCACUCGUGUUCGUUGUCCUGUGCUUUACUGUCGAGCUCGCAACGCAGGGCACCGCAGAGCCCCUCCUGCCGGCGGUGUUCGUGUUCGGAGACUCCAUGGUGGACGUUGGCAACAACAACUUCAUUGAGAAGUGCAACAUCAGCUGCAAAGCCAACUAUCCGCACUUCGGCGUCGACUACCCCGGCCACGCACCGACUGGCCGGUUCAGCAAUGGCUACAACAUGGCGGACCGGUUAGCUCAACUGCUUCAAUUUGAUGAGAGCCCGCCACCUUUCCUCUCCCUGUCGAACGCGAGCCUCGCUACCCGGAUGAGCACGGGCAUCAACUUCGCAUCAGGAGGGUCAGGGCUUCUUGAUGCCACCGGCAAUGGACGAGUGGUGGGGAGCUUCAAGAAACUCGCCCGAAUGUGGGGCCAUGCUGAUCUCAUAUCCAGAUCUCUCAUUCUCAUCAACACCGGCAACAACGAUCUGUUCGAGUGCACCGAUUUCCCAGACCAUAACUGUCAUCGUAACGACACAGAAUUCUUGCAAGGCCUCGUGGCCUCCUACACAAGAUUUCUAAAGGACUUGUAUGGUGCGGGGGCAAAGAAAUUCAGCGUGGUGAGCCCGUCUCUACUGGGGUGCUGCCCCUCACAGAGGUUGAUAGCGCAUGAUCCCAAGAAUCCCAGGGACGUCGAUGAGCACGGCUGCUUUGCUGCGGCGAACGACCUCUCACGGCGGUUGUACCCCAUGAUCGCCUCCAUGCUGCAGGACCUGAGCCUGGAGCUGCCCGGCAUGAACUACUCCCUCGUGGACUCGAUCAAGAUGGUCGAGUGGCUCUUCAACAACACCGCCACACCUAGUUACAACUUCACGGUGCUGGACUCGGCGUGCUGCGGCGGAGGGCCGUUUGGCGCUUAUUAUGGGUGUGACUCCUCGGCUCCCCUGUGCCGGGACCGCAGCAACCACCUGUUCUGGGACGACUACCAUCCGACCGACGCCGCGACGGGGGUCGCCGCGAAGCUGAUGUUUGGCGACACUACAGGGCUCUUCGUCCACCCCAUCAACGUGAAACAACUGGUGCAGUUGUAG